GCCGCCUUCCUCGACGCGCUGGUCGGACUCGUAGACCCACGAAGCACGCGUUUGAACAAACGCUGCACCUCUAUCUCGGAAUCGCCCACGAACCCAAGUCGCCUUCUAGCCCAUUUCACAGAUGGCACUACGCAUGAAACGGAUGUCGUUCUUGGCGCAGACGACAUCAAGAGCGCGGUGCGCCACUUCGUAGUCGCCGGGCGAACCGCCAAGAACCUUGCAAUCAGCAAUGCUAUCGCAUGUCGUAGUUCAAUUCCAUACGCCCAGCUCGAUUCCGCUGGCUGCAAGGCCAAAUUGACGGAUCAUUCUGCGUGCUUCCUCGGGCCAGGCAAGUUACCAAUACACUGUUUUCCGUCGCUUCUACAGCUCAAGAUCGCGGCUUUGUCGGCUAGGUACGACGUCCCCAUAGGGUCCCAGAACCUGCCGGAAGGUACUCCUCGGGUCGACCAAGUGUCUCGGGAAGACAUUCAGAAGGCCUUCGACGGAUGGGGCGUCGACGUGGUGACGCUUCUCCGAUUCACGCCGGAGAAGACGGUGCCUUGGUCUGUUUACGUCGUGUGCCCCCAUCUGAGAGAUACAGCAAGGGGCAUGCGGCUCUUCUGUGAGACGCAGUAUGCUCACGGUACGCUCCCUCACCUCGGUGCUGGUGCGGGACAGGGCCUAGAGGACGCGCUUCUGCUUGUUCGCUUACUCAGACACACCGAAACGCAGACCGAGAACCUGCAGGUCCGUCGCUCAGCUUGCUGA